UGUAAACAAAGAAAUCGACAACUCUCACCACGCCAUCGCCACGCCCUCGACAUCAACGCCCAACUUACCAGCACCUCACCAUCUCGACUCCAUCACACGGCAAUGCGCCACUAACCCCCUAACACACACCCUCAAAAUGCCGCGCCUCGUCCGCCGCAAGCCCCUCAGCGAGCGACUAAAGGCCUACCUCAACCCUCUCGACUUUUUGUUGUAUGUAUCGGAGGAGCUGGAGACGAGCGAAUUGGAUACGGCUGCUUUUGGGAGGGCGUUGGGGAUGGGGUUGAAUUUUGCGUUGCUGUUGGCGAGGGCGAAUAGUGGGAAGGGGAGGGGGAGGGAGGAUGAUGUUUUUGGGGAUGGGGGGGGGGGAGGGGGGUGGGUUGGGUGGCUUGCCCGCAGCCUCACAACCCUCCUAACCCUCCUCACCCUCACAAACGCAACCUACACCUUCCUCCGCAAACGGCACUACCGACUCUUCGAAACCCCCCUCUCCGCCGCCCCCACCACCCCCUCCGCCUCCCUCGUCCGCGUCUCCUCCCCCCCCUCCUCCUCUCCCAUGCGUCUCCUAUCGCACCUCCUCCCCUCCCCCGCCUCCUCCCGCGCCCACCCCGAUCCCACAAUCGACGUGUGGGAGAUCGCUGUCUGGGACCCGUUGCCGUUGGCACUAGAGGUUUACACGUUAUUCUCGCCCGGGCAUGCGGUGGUUUAUUGGAUGUUACUCCCCGUAGGGGGGGGGGAGAGGGCGAGUCUCACGGUCGUGACGGCGUUGGUGUUGCAGGGGUUGUUGAGUGUGCAGAUGGGGGUGCUGGUGAGGGGGUUUCAGCAGAAGGAGAGGGAUGGGAGGGUUAUUCAGAAGGAGGUGUUGAAUGAGUAUGAUACGAAAUUCGUGCAUCCUACACUUCACCCCGUGGUAAGGGAUGUCGGUACACAAAUCUCCACCUCUGUCUCUCCUCCGCCUCCCACCACCACCUCGACUUCCACGGGCACAGACGCAGCGCCAGAAUUCGACCCAGAUGCAUCGACGAUCUCGAUAACAGCAGAGGAGGUCACCACACACGCCCCAACAACCAUCCUCCGCCGCGGCUUCAAAAUAAACCCCAACCCCAACUACGCCGCGCACAUAAGCCCGCACGCACCCUCUGCGGUGCCGAAUCGGAAUUCUCUCCCCGACUCCAUCCCCCCCUUCGGGACACCACAGACGCCGAGGACGCCAGCAGCGCAGAUAGGGUAUCAAGUCGCACAACCUCCUUCUUCCUCGGCACAGCAGCUGCUGCAGCAGGGGGGGUUCGCGCAACCGCAGCAGUUCCAGCAACCGCAGUUCCAGCGCCGCGAAAGUACGCCGUUACGUACGCCUGGGGCGGGGGGGCAGAGACAACAACCGCAGUAUAGGGCUAGUAUGGGAGGACGAAUCGCUUCCGAAGGCCCCACGGGUUCGGGUGGAGAAGAUGAAAUUCUCCGCCGCGCCGUCGCAAGAGCCACUUCUAGCGGUCUCUCCCGCGUCCCCUCGAAUUCUGGGUCCGGUGAUGAGGCGGUUAGGAGUAGGAGCAGGGUGUCUGAGUCUGGUAUGAGAAGGGAGGAGGGGGGGAGAAGACAAGGAGGAGGCGAUGGAGGCAGUCUAGGGGUGUAUAGCCACGCCCACAGCCCGCUCAAGAAGGCGAGUAGUAUGUAUGAUAUCUCGCGCACGCGCGAAGGUGCACCGAGGAAUGGGGCGCAGGCGGCGGCGAGGGAGGUUGCUGAGGAGAGGGAACGGGUUAGGCGGAGGGGUGUUUAGGGGAGAGUGAUGGAAUGGGGGAGGGGAGUGUAGAUAUAUGUAUUUACCGUUAAUAGCAC